AUUUGUUAAAUAUUCGAAAAGUGGUAAACUUAAAGGACAAAAACUGCUCAGAAGAUAUCUUUAAGGGACUACUUUUGAACCUACCUUCAAACUUAAGGGACCAUUUUUGUCAUUUCUCAAAGAAAGUCCAAACUCGAGUAUAAGAGAGAUUCUGAGUGAGCAAGAGAACAUUUUGGGCAAUACUCAUAUUUUGUCUAUAAUAACUUUUCUACUUAUGUAUGUAUACUUGUUGAAGUUUUUAGAGUUAGAAUAAUGGCUGCAGCCUGUUUUUCUGUUAUGUUCUUUAUGUUUCAUAUGCUUAUCUUCAACUUAGUUAAAGCUGACAGUAAAUCUUGUCCAAAAGAGUUCAAUUGUGGAAGACUUGGUAACAUGAGUUAUCCUUUUUCAGAAUUCAAGAAACCUCAUUGUGGAUUAUCCAAGAUUGAUUGUAACAACACUCUUCAACAUCCAAAAGUUGAGCUUGAGGGAGUGUCUUAUAAUGCUUACAAAAAGUGGCUAUGGGUUAAUGGUAUCGAUCUUUCGGACUCGAUUCUUGAAGGUUAUUUGGCUAACAGAAGUUGCAAAUCCUUUGAAAGGAACUUAUCUUUUCCCAAUACUCCUUCUGUUUCAUUUGGAGUUUACAACAAUAUCACUUUGUUUAAGUGCAUGAAUGUUAGUGAGGAGAUAAGUGAUUAUUUUCGACGUUAUGAGAACUACUCAAAUUGUGAUGGCUUUAGCAUAUACUAUCAUAAACCAGGAACAGAUGGAAGACAUAAUAUUCCAGCUGAUCUUCCUGCAAAUUGCUUGAUUAUUCGAUUGCCUUUGAAGUAUCUUUCAUCGUCAGAACCGAUUCCUAAUGAUUUGUUCGACCUGUUAACUUCUAAUUUCACAUUAGAUUGGGAAGUGUCUAAAGAUUGUUCCAAGUGUAUCUAUAGAGAAGGGCAAUGCCAAAGUGACAGUAAAAAUGACUUCUUUUGCUCCAAAGCAGCAAAAAGAAAUUUAGGACUGAUUCUAGGCACAGUGCUUGGUGGUUUAUUUUUUAUCAUAGCAAUCAGCAUAGUGAUCUUUAUAAUAUGCUGUUGCAAGAAGGAUAAUAGAAGUUUUUCAAACAUUCUUCCAAGAAGCACCCCUUCGGAGCCCUCAACACAAAGCUACGAGUUAGACAACGGGUUCUUUGGGGUUCCCAUCUUCUCUUAUGCUGAACUUCAACAAGCUACUAUGAAUUUUGAUUCCUCCCGAGAGCUCGGGGAUGGAGGAUAUGGAACAGUGUAUUAUGGGAAACUUCAGGAUGGGAGAGAAGUUGCAGUAAAACGCCUCUACGACCACAAUGCUAGGAGAAAGGAGCAGUUUGUAACUGAGAUUGAAAUCCUAACAAGGCUCAGGCACAAAAAUCUUGUCACUCUUUAUGGUUGCACGUCUAAACUCAGCGAUCAACUCCUACUUGUUUACGAAUAUGUCCCUAAUGGAACGAUUGCUGAUCACUUGCACGGUCAUAAGGCGAAUGAUUGCUGGCUCACAUGGCCAAUCCGCAUGAAAAUUGCUAUUGAAGCUGCUAGUGCUCUGGCUUAUCUGCAUGCUUCUGAUAUAAUCCAUCGCGAUGUGAAGAGUAACAACAUACUACUUGACCAAAACUUCUGUGUCAAAGUAGGAGAUUUUGGACUUUCAAGACCUCAUCCAACUGAUAUUUCACACAUAUCGACUGCACCUCAGGGUACCCCUGGAUACAUCGAUCCAAAGUACCACGAAUGUUACCAGCUAACCGAUAAAAGUGAUGUUUAUAGCUUUGGGGUAGUCCUCGUUGAGCUGAUAUCAUCCAUGCCUGCAGUGGAUUUCAGUAGACAUAAUGAAGAGAUUAAUUUGUCUAACUAUGCAAUUAACAGGAUUUUAAGGUGUGCAUUCAACGAGUUGAUAGACGCAACUCUUGGUUUUCAGUCAGAUGCAGAAGUUAGGAGGAUGACUACUUCAGUAGCCGAGCUAUCGUUUCGAUGCUUGCAAUUUGACAAGGACAUGAGGCCUACUAUGGUUGAAGUACUAGAAACAUUGGAAGAGAUUCAAAAUGGUGAGUUUAAAGAUGAUAAGAAAAGGGAGGGUAAUGGAAACACUAAAGAGAGUGUUCAAGUCCCUCUUUCACCUGAAUCAGAAGUAGAUGUAUUAUUGAAGAAACUCAACAAGUUUCCAACAUCACCAAAUUCUGUAACUCAAGCGUGGAUUAGUGGCUCUAGUAUAAGUACCACUAGUACGUGAGAUUCAUAUGCUUUUUUUCUCUUUUUUUUUUUUUUUCCGAGUUCACGUUGAUAAGCAGAAAUACACAGAAAAUUGAGCAAAGCCAUAACAUUAACUGAAUAUUAUUGGGUACCUGUUUCAUGCUC